AUGGUUUUGUUCGUAAGCAUUCUAGUCUACUGCAUUUUGGUAUUGGUAACACCUGUUACUGUGACGUGGGGCAGUUGGCAAGCCUUUGUUGUCAUUCGUGUCCUAAUGGGCGCCUUUAAUGGAGUCUUGGUGCCAGGAAUACAACAGCAUUUGGCCAAUUGGUCACCGAAAGAGGAGCGUACACGUCUUGGAGCAUUUACCUAUACGGCGUUUGAUUGUGGUGCGAUUUGUGCCAUGUUUGUCACUGGUUUGAUAGCCACUAGUCCAUGGGGUUGGCCUGGCAUUUCUUAUGUGGGCGGCAGUUUGGGUCUUUCAUGGUGCAUACUUUGGUUAGCCUUUGGAGCCAAUAAUCCUGGUGUAUCCAAGUGUAUUGGGGAAAAAGAAUCUGCCUAUAUAUUAAGAUCCCAACCAGCCAAGGAUUCAGCAAAAAUACCCAUACCCUGGAAGGCCAUCUUCUGUUCAACACCCUUCAUAGCGCUGGUAGUCACACGUUGCUGUGGUAUGUGGGGUAGUACGAUACUGCAAACAGAAAUACCCUCAUAUUUGGGUUAUGUAUUAGAAAUGAAUAUCAAACAGAAUGCUUUAUACUCGGCAUUACCAUUCCUUGGCAUGUCUAUAUUAAGCUAUGUUUAUUUAUUGUUAGCUGAUUUAAUAUUAGGUCGACAAUGUUUAACAUUAUCCCAAUUACGUAAGACUAUCAAUACUGUGGCCUAUUGCACUCCAGCAUUAAGUUUACUUGGCAUGAGUUUUAUCGGUGUUGAGCAUAGGACUUGGGCCAUUAUCUUAAUGACUUUGGGACAAAGUGCCAAAAGUGGGGCUACUAUUGGAAGUGCAUUAAACUCAAUUGAUUUAUCACCGAAUCAUGCUGGCAUUAUCACCGGAAUCCUUAGUACUUCAAAUGCCUUGGUAUCGCUUUGUGCACCCCUCUUGGCGGGUGUAAUCAUAACAGAUGUGAGCAAUCGUUCACAAUGGCAAAUUGUCUUUGGAAUCACCGCCUUGAUCUAUAUUAGCGGUAGUUUAAUUUAUAUCAAGUGGGGCUCAACGGAAACUCAACCCUGGAAUGAUGUGGAUUACCUCAAGAGAGGAGUUUAUAUAGAGCCAAGUAGACAGAUGUUGGCUGAGGUCAGUCAAUAUGGCAAUACUCAAGAUUCUUUCACAAAAUAA